AUUCUCUUUCCUUUUUAUUACAGAAAUCAUAACAAACUCUCACAUCUUCUUUCCUAUCAUUUUCAGCAAGCUCUCGCUUUAUCUCUCUUAAUCUAUCUACUGAUGAAGAUCAGGUGCGACGUCUGCGAUAAAGAAGAAGCCUCGGUGUUCUGCACCGCUGACGAAGCGUCUCUAUGCGACGGCUGCGAUCACCGAGUCCACCACGCUAACAAACUCGCCUCAAAACAUCUCCGUUUCUCUCUCCUCUAUCCUUCUUCCUCCAAGAACUCCUCUCCUAUCUGCGACAUCUGUCAGGAGAAGAAGGCUCUCUUGUUUUGCCAACAAGAUAGAGCUAUUUUAUGCAAAGACUGUGAUUCAUCGAUCCACUCGGCGAACGAACACACCAAGAAACACGAUAGGUUUCUUCUCACAGGGGUUAAGCUAUCUCCAACCUCCUCUGUCUACAAACCAACUACAGAAUCUCCUUCAAGUAGUCAAGAUUGUUCUGUCCCUUCUCCUCUCAAGAAACCUAUCUCAGCUCCUCAGAGUCAGAUCAAGAACUCCAAGAUCCAACCCUCUAAGAUCAGUAGCGACGUAGGGAUGAAUCAGUGGGGAUCCACAAGCACGAUUUCAGAGUAUCUGAUCGAUACGUUACCUGGUUGGCACGUUGAGGAUUUUCUUGAUUCCUCACUUCCUCCUUUUGGUUUCUCUAAGAGUGGUGAUGAUGAUGGAGUGUUACCAUUUAUGGAAGCAGAAGAUGACAGCACUAAGAGAAACAACAACAAUACAGUGUCACUUCCGUCUAAGAAUAUGGGGAUUUGGGUCCCUCAGAUUCCACAAACUCUUCCUUCCUCCUACACAAACCAGUACUUUCCUCAUGAUAACAACAAUAUUCAGUUUGGGAUGUACAACAACAAAGAAACAUCACAUGGAGUAGACACUUAUGCUCCAAUACAAAACAUGAAACAACAAGGACAGAACAAGAGAUGGUAUGAUGAUGGUGGCUUCACUGUCCCACAGAUGACUACUACUACUACUUCUACUUUUACUCCUCUUGCGUCUAAUAAAAGGUCCAGAUCCUUCUGGUAAUCUACACGCUGUUUCCUGCUUUGGUUGUUUGUCGGCCUUUUGAUCUUUCUUGAUUUCUCUGAACUUCGUUCUUUGUAGAACUAGGUUUACUUCUUGGUUCUGUAUUUUGUAAAUUUUUGAGUGUGAUUGCAAAUGUUGUGUUUUAUCAUCUAUUGCAAGUUUUCGUGUAAUAAAAUCUCCCAUGACUUAUAUUGUGAAUCACGGCGCAAGAUUUCUCCCUU